GCUGCUCUCCGUGCUUACUGAAAUCCGAGGAUUGACGACGGGAGGAGAAGGGCACGGUGGGUUCACGGCUCCACAAGCGGCAGCAGCAGCAGCACCAACAGCAGCAGCAGCAACAGCAGCUGCAAGCAGCAGCGAGAACUUGCCGGCCACAUGUCGCUGCGAUGUGUCGCGUUGCUGUUGCUCGUCUCCGUCUCCUUCCAAGGCGUCGAAGCGGCGAUCUCCGUGGCGGUGACCCCGCUGGUGGAGGUGGAGCUGGGAAGUCCGCUGGUGAUCCCCUGCACGGUCACCAGCUCCGUGGGCGAGGAGGUGGUCACCCAGUGGUUCAUCAUUUCACAAUCUUCGCGAACGAGGAUCUCGUACCGCGACGCGCGACUCUUCGUGGCGGACUUGGGCACCGGCUACGAGAGUCGCAUCGACGCUCGCCGCAGCGACUCCGCGCUGGCUCUGAACGCGACGGAGACCGCUGACGAGCGCGACUUCGUCUGCCAGGUGGUGGCGGGGCGCGCCAGCGUGGCCGAAGCCACUGCAAGCGUGCGGGUGUUUUCGGCCCCCACGGUGGCCGUGACGGCGAGCCAGAGGCCCGUGCUGCUCAAGCCGCAGCACCACCACAAG